AUGAACUCAUCAUUGCAUCCACGUAUACUGGAACUUAACAUAAGCAACCUGGAUGGUAACAAUACAGUGGCAACAGGCAAGACUAAAUUGUCAUCAUGCGAUCAAGUGGUGAUAGCUGCUGAGGUAUUUCUGACCCUUGGCAUUGUAAGUCUACUUGAGAACAUCCUAGUCAUCUCUGCUAUAAUUAAGAACAAGAAUCUGCAUUCACCUAUGUAUUUCUUUGUGUGUAGCUUAGCAGUAGCUGACAUGUUAGUUAGUGUGUCUAAUGCAUGGGAGACAAUCGCCAUAAAUCUUAUUAACAAUAAACAUCUAGUCAUGGAAGAUGCCUUUGUACGUCAUAUUGACAAUGUUUUCGACUCCAUGAUCUGUAUUUCAGUGGUGGCUUCAAUGUGUAGCUUGCUUGCCAUAGCAGUGGAUCGGUAUAUCACGAUCUUCUAUGCUUUACGGUACCAUAACAUCAUGACUGUGAAGAGGGCUGGAGCCAUCAUUGCUUGUAUUUGGACAUUCUGUACAGGAUGUGGUAUUAUCUUUAUCCUCUAUUAUGAAUCAACUUAUGUCAUUAUAUGUCUUAUUACCAUGUUUUUCACCAUGCUUUUCCUCAUGGUCUCUUUAUACAUCCAUAUGUUCCUGCUGGCGCGCACUCAUGUUAAGAGGAUAGCUGCCUUACCAGGCUAUAAUUCUGUCCACCAGAGAACAAGUAUGAAAGGAGCCAUUACUCUAACCAUAUUGAUAGGUAUAUUUAUUGUAUGCUGGGCACCAUUCUUUCUCCACCUCAUUCUCAUGAUUUCCUGCCCACAGAACCUUUACUGUGUCUGUUUUAUGUCUCAUUUUAAUAUGUAUCUUAUUCUGAUAAUGUGCAAUUCUGUCAUCGAUCCUCUGAUAUAUGCAUUCCGCAGUCAGGAAAUGAGAAAGACAUUCAAGGAGAUCAUUUGUUGUUGCAGUCUGCGAAUGACCUGUGAACUGCCUAGCAAAUAUUAA